AUGGGGCCCCUGUGUCCUUGCCCAAACUCAAAAAAGCCUAUGAAAAAGGUACCAGGGGCAUCUCAUGGGGCCCCCUACUGACCCCGGGCCUUCAAAAUGGGGAUCAUGGGGCCCCUGUGUCCUUACCCACACUCAAACCACACCCAAAAAAGCCUAUGAAAGGUACCAGGAGCAUCUCAUGGGGCUCCCUACUGACCCCGGGCCCUCAGGCAGUGCCCGAGUGCUCGAAUGAUCAGUCCGUUCCUGCCUGUGACAUAGAGGUGUCUGAAGGAAACUGGAGAGUGUUAAGUUGUCCAGUGACCAUGUGAG